GAAACUUGAAAUGAUACCGCAUUUUUCUGCAGUAAGUACGCCACCUACGACUGCAUCAAUGCAUCAACAGUCAUUGAUGUACACAAAUCAAAAUCAAACUGGAAUUCAGGCGGCCCAUCAGCAACCUCAACCUUUUGUGUAUCAACCACAAGAAGGAAUACCUUUUCAGCAUCCGCAAACUCAUUUCACUUUGGCGAAUACUACUGAUCCAAAUAUACAUCCUACUGGGCAGGCUUGGAUGUUGCGUACGAACACUGCUCCAUUUUUUACAAACCAGCAACAGCCUCAGCAGAUGUCUCAUAUGCGUCAUCCACAACAGUCAACUGCAGGCCAGCAGCCUUUUGUUGGAGGUAUGCCGGGUUUUAUGUUGGUUCCGCAAACUCCGCCACCGAUGCUUCCGCCAACUUCUAUUUGCACCAAUCCUUACCAGCCGCCGCCACAGCCGUUUUCUAUCCAUGGUCAGCCGUUUCAACCACAAACUGGUGCGAUUCCGACUGGCUCUACCACGCAGUAUAUUCGAACUUUUUCUAAUGGUGGAGGAGGGGGUGGCGGUCCAAGCACCAAUGCUAAUGGAGCUCAUAUUAAUGGAUACAAUCCUGCAACCCAUCAACAGUUGCGUAAUCUUCCGCCUCAGCAACAACAACCAGCUACUAAUGCAGUAAAUACUGGAAUUCCACAACAACCUUUUGGACAGCAGCCUGUGUUUAUGGUUGCGUCGGCGAUGCCUAAUUCUGCUGCUCCGCCACCAAAUUUUGAGACGCUGCCACCGCUUAUUGAUCGCCAAUUUCAACAGCAGAUGCCAAUGCCAUCUCAUCAAACUUCGGCAGCCCCGUCUUUGUUGCACCAACAAUUAAUGCAGCAGACGAUUCCACAGAUGCCACCUCCGCAUCUGCAUCAGCAGCCCCCGCCGCAGUCUGCUCCUCCACACCAUCAAUCUCCACAAUUUCAACAGCAGACUUGUGUGAAAGAAAAGCGUCCACUAAGCAUUCAAGCUCCGGGUUCUGAAGGUACUGGUGGUGAACAGCAGCGCGACGGAAGUCAAAGUGGGAGACAAUCCGCUGCUUUCUCUUCUAACCCGUCUCCUCAAAAUCAGCGUCUGACUCCGCCAGCACCUGCAAACAAUGCGAGAGGUGAACAAGUAAAGGAAUCUGAUAAUGCACCUCUCAAUAAGACGGAGGAAAUUAAUGUUGGAAACGAUCCUCGGAAGAGACCACAGAAUCGUCCUCCCUCUUUUUCGAACAAAAAUGGUGUUGGUCAGAAUGCUUCUCGUGGUUCAUUCUAUAACAACAACAAUAAUAACAACAAGUUCAAUCGACCUUUUCAACAUCAACAGUCUCAAGAUGUUCGGACUUAUAUGCAACCAACUCAAAAUCCAAACAAUCAAGUUCCAUGUCAAGAGUGCGGGAUUAUUGGACAUAUUUGGAAUUAUUGCAGUAGAAUUAAACGCGAGCGCGACGAGUCGACUGAAUUUGCAAAUCUUUUUGAGAAGCAAUCGCUCCAUCCUGCAUUGAAAAAUGGUAGUGAUGGCAAUCCUUUUGUUCCUCAAAACAAUUAUCGCAAAAGUGACUAUCAUCAACAACAGAACUUUCGUAGCGGCGGAUAUAAUAAUAAAAAUUUUGGACAAAGAGGCGACAUGGUACGUCAUCAACGCCAUUCUAGUGGCGGAGGAAAUGAAGGAAAUUUUGUUGGUGUAGGAGGCAAUAAGUCUGGUAUGAGUACAAGUGGAUAUGCACCUCCAGUCCGUACUAGUGGAUAUUCUGCUGGAAGUGCUUCUGGAAGCGUUGGACGACAGAGCGUUGGUGAUGGAGGAGGAGGAGGUCGGAAGGCGCAUACAAAACAUAGCAUUUUUUACAACAAAAAUGUGCAACCGCAACAACAUUCUACUACUUAG